GACGCGGGUGACUGCGAAGGGCUGGUUGGCAUGGGGGAGGCCGGGGAGGCCUGGGAGGGCGAGGGCUCUUCGGCUGGUGGCGUCACCCCCGCAGGGUCGCCGAUGCCGGAGGCUGGCCUGGAGGCUGGCCCGGAGGCGGAGGUGGUGAAGCUGCUGCCCUUCUUGGCGCCCGGGGCGCGGGCGGACCUGCAGGCGGCGGCGGUGCGGCACGUGCUGGCACUGACCGGCUCUGGGCCAGGCCGUAUGCUGCUGGCCGGCCAGGUGGCGCUGCUGCGGGCGCUGGUCGAGCUGGCGGCGGCCCCGGUCCCGGCCCCCGCCCGCGACGCUGCCCGCGCUCUCGUCAACCUGGCCGCGGACCCCGGCCUUCACGAGCUGCUACUGGCGGCCGAGCCCGGGAUGCCUGCCCGCCUGCUGGGCCUCGCGUUGGAUCCACAGUGGCCCUGGGCUGAGGAGGCGGCCGCCGUGCUGGCCAACCUCAGCCGCGAGCCGGCGCCAUGUGCCGCGCUGAUGGCGGUCCUGGCGGCCGCAGAGCCGGGCCUGGAGCGGCUCGUGCGCGCACUGUGCACGCCCGGCUACAACGGCCAUGCGCCCCUGCAUUACCUGGGGCCAGUGCUCUCCAACCUCAGCCAGCGUCCUGCGGCGCGCUCCUUCCUGCUGGACCCCGACAGGUGCGUGGUCCAGCAGCUGCUGCCCCUUACUCAAUACCCAGAUUCCUCGGUGCGCAGGGGCGGGGUGGUGGGGACGCUGCGAAACUGCUGCUUCGAGCACCGACACCACGAGUGGUUGCUUGGGCCUGAGGUGGAUAUUCUUCCCUACUUACUACUGCCUCUUGCUGGGCCUGAGGAGUUCCCUGAGGAGGAGAUGGAGCGGCUGCCUGUCGACCUGCAGUACCUGCCGCCAGACAAGCAGCGAGAGCCUGAUCCCCACAUCCGCAAGAUGCUCAUUGAGGCCAUCAUGCUGCUGACAGCCACAGCACCUGGUCGGCAGCAGGUGAGGGAUCAGGGAGCCUACCUGAUCCUGCGUGAGCUGCACAGCUGGGAGCCAGAGCCCGCUGUCCGGGUGACUUGUGAGAAACUCAUCCAGGUGCUUAUUGGGGAUGAGCCAGAGCAUGGCAUGGAAAACCUACUGGAAGUGCAGGUGCCUGAGGACGUGGAGCAGCAGCUGCAGCAGCUCGAUCGCCAGGAACAAGAGCAGUGUGAGCAGGAGCAGCAAGAGCAGGAGCGGGAGCUGGCUCCGGAACCACAAGCAGAGGGGACCGCCCCCACCUGAGGACCCUUGCACCCAGGUGCUGGAGUGCAGCCUGGCUCCCUGAGAAGUCCCAACACCGCCCCCAUCCACAUGUCCUCAGACCUGGUGCUGCCUCCAAAGCUGGGAGUCUGCUCCGCUUGCGUUCUCCCGCCGAGGCUGGGUGCUUCUUGGGUGCCAGGUAUCUCCCUCUUCUGUAUUUCCCCUCCCCCCAUUAAAACUGGUAUGGAGGU